AUACUUAUUUAGAAUAAAACAAUUAACAAUUAAAACAAAAUAGAAUAGCUUUAAUUCAAGAAAGGUUAUGACAACAACUGAUCUAGCAUAGACCAGAUGCAUUCCUGGUAAUUUGUACUCCAGCAAAGGAUAUAGCAGCCAUGUGCACUGUAUGGGCAUUUAAAAAUAUUUUUAAAUUCCAGACAAAGCUGUACAAGAAAGAAGGUCGGCAUCCAAGCCAACCUUCUCUUUAUAAAAGGCCCAGCAUGCACCAGAAAUGAGACAUAGAUCCAACUUAUCUGUGGCUUCCUUAUUUCUUUCAGAUCAUCCAAUAUGAUUUCUCUGGCGACAGUAUAUCAUGUUCUGGUAGCAACAGUGCCGCUGUAUGCAGCCAUGAUCCUGGCCUAUCUUUCAAUAAAAUGGUGGAAGCUCUUCACACCUGACCAGUGCACGGGGAUAAACAAGUUUGUAGCCAAAUUUUCAGUCCCCCUACUGUCCUUCCAUGUGAUCUCCACCAACAAUCCCUACAAAAUGAACCUCAAACUUCUAGUAGCGGACUCGCUGCAAAAAAUACUUGCCCUCUUUGUAUUUGCAGUCCUAAGUAAAGCAUGCUUUAGAGGCAGCCUGGAUUGGCUAAUUACUGGGUUCUCUCUAUCCACACUACCCAACACAUUGAUUAUUGGGAUUCCCUUAUUAAAAGGUCUGUAUGGGGAUGAAGCUGCCAAACUCUUGGGUCAGAUCGUCGUCUUGCAGAGCUUAAUUUGGUAUACUCUUCUGUUAAUUCUCUUCGAGUUCAGGGCUGCUAAGGCAAUUGCAGCAAAUCCGACUGACAGUACAGGGGAACUGGAAUCCUCUGAAGGAGUACGCCCCAGACCUGAAGAGGAUGAAGUAAAAUCCCUGUCCAUAAGAAAUAUCAGGAGUUUACUCAUUCUCUGGAUGGCGGGAAAGAAACUUAUGAUAAAUCCCAAUACUUACGCAAGUUUAGCAGGCUUUGUUUGGGCUUUAAUCAGCUUUAGGUGGAGAAUAGAGCUACCAUUAAUAAUUAGCAACUGCAUAUCAAUAUUAUCAGAUGGGGGACUUGGCAUGGCAAUGUUCAGCUUAGGCCUUUUCACGGCAUCGCAGUCUAGCAUCAUAGCCUGUGGGAUUCGGAUGAUGAUUUUAUCCAUGGGAUUAAGGUUCAUAAUUGGACCAGCCUUGAUAGCAAUCACUUCCUAUGCUAUUGGAAUGAGGGCAAAAUUGUUAAAAGUGGCAAUUGUUCAGGCAGCUCUUCCUCAAGGAAUAGUAACAUUUGUGUUUGCUAAAGAGUAUGGCGUGCAUCCAGAUAUCUGA